AUGGAGAACUUAGCAACACCGGAGAAACAACCCGCAACUUCACAACCGCAACAAUUCUCGCCAACACCUACCCAACCUUCAACAAACACUACCAUACCAUCACCACCACCACAGUCUACACAACCUACUUCUACAUCCCCAGUACCAUCAUUCUCAACCUUUUUCCCAAACCUUGAUAACAUUCAACCAACUUCCACCCAAGCGGCCAAUGCCAUCCCUACCCAAGCAACAUCUCUUCAAUACCCAACUACAACCCAGACUGUCAAUUUACAGCAGUCGUCUCCUUACGUUAGAAUCAUUCCUGAUGGCACUCCAUCACCGAUUCAAACUCAAGCACCUAAUGCAACAUCCAUUCCGCCAGCCACUCGACCGGUAUGGCCAUUUUUAUAA